AUGUUAUCAAAAAGCAACGCCUCUUCCACUUUAUCUUUGGCGUCAGCUGAGAACAACAAGAAAAAAAAAGAGCCAAGUACCGAUCCAUUCGAAAAAAAUCCAAAAGAUUCUGUAAAAAGCCUUGUUAAUUCGAAUGAUGAUGUUGAUGAUUUCAAUGAACAGGAAAACAAUUCUGAUAAUGAAGAACAUGAUAAUACUUUACAAUUUAACUCAAAAGUUUUACCUAAAAUUCAAAGUACUGGCAGCAAUAAUACCAUCACCACCAAGAUUGCCACGACUGCUGCCACCACAACUAUCAACGCUACAACGGAAAAAGAAAAUAGUAAAGCAGAUGAUUUGAAUAUAGAUGAAUUAAUUAAGUUUCCGACUCAAUCGACUCAUGCAUAUUCUUACAAUCCAUUGUCUCCAAAUUCUUUAUCGGUCAGAUUAAAUAUCUUAAAAAGAACUUUAGAAAUUAUGAUUAGAAACCCUUCUUUAAUUAAAGAUCCUCAACCGUGGGAACCACACCUAUCUAGCUCAUUGGAACAAGAAGGUAGGGAGAAAGUAAAUAGAGAUCAGAAAAUAAUAAAUUUAAUUCCCACAACCAGAGAAAACUCUAUUACUAGUGGUAGUGAUGUUGAUGAUAAUUCCUAUGACGCGAAAACGAUCACUGGUCCCAAGGAUUCUAAAAGAGACUUUUUUGCCAAAAAGCCAAAGUUAAAUGCCCAGCCAAAUUCGUUAAGAACUGCAUCCUCAGCCGCUUUAAAUGCAUUUUUCCAGUCUGGUACUGCUAAUAGCACCAAUACAAACAGCAACGCAUCUUUAAACCCCCCAUCUCUAACAAGAAGAUCAGUAUCUGAUUUUUCACUACACACUAAAAAAAACUACAGUAAUUUUAAUCGAAAUUUAGAUAAUUUGUUAGAAAACCAAGAACUCAAGGGCAAUAACAAUGAGACUAGUGACAAUGAAGAUGCGCUAGAAGAUUCGAGUUUUCACCAACCACAGGCGCCGUAUGCUUCAAGUAGGAAAAAUUCCAGAGAUAGUGUUUUGCCCUCACCGUAUCAAUAUAAUAAUACCGAUGGCAAUAACAACACUAUAGAUCAUGAUGUUUGUUUAAGCAAUGAAAGUAGUGAUGUGGAAAGCACUCCUAAUGGUGCGCUUAAUGGUAAGGAUUUUUACCAAAACAAAGAAUCUGUUGAUAGUGCUGAAUUUUUAAAAGCUAAAAAAGUGGGUUUAGAGAGUUUGUUGAGUUUAUUGAACGAAACUUUAUCAAAUAACAAAGAAGACUCAGAUAAAGUGUCUAGUCUACAUAUGAUGUCCUUAUUGAAUAUCAACAAAUUAAGUGUUGCUGAUAAUGACUCUGGUUACACGGCAAAGCACACGGAGAUUUUAAAGAAAAAUCUAUUAAAUAGUCUAGCACAGCCGUUUUUUGAAAGUUAUAGUGAGUAUGUUGAAGAAGAGAAUAAGAUUUUAGAGAUGGAAAAUGGUUUAGAAGCAGCGGCUAUUAGUGCUGAAAAACGCAGCUCCCCUUAUAUGGACACACAACGUGUUUUCCACACAUUUACCUCUGGGAAAAAUUCUACUCCUCAAGCCAUUUUUACCUGUACCGAUGAGCAUCCAUGGGAAUUUAAAUCUGCGAAUGAUUUGGCGUGUUUAACGUUUGGUGUUUCAAAAUUGGCAUUGCGUGCUUUAACAUUAUUAGAUUUAAUUCAUAAAGACAGUAGGAAUUUUGUGUUGAAUAAGCUUUUGUCUACCGAGGGUGAAGAACAGGUUUUCACAGGAGAAAUUGUGGGAACUAAUCAACCGAACGGUGGUAAUAGCACUAGUUCUAUUAUUUGGACCUCAUUAUGGGCCAAAAGGAAAAACAAUUUGAUUGUGUGCGUGUUUCAACGGGUUCCGUGUGAUUACUUUGAUCUCAUGAUUAGCAUGGAUGAUUUUUCCGUUACCAGUGUUGUUGGUGGGGAAGCAUUAAGGUUCAAAGAUAAAAUAGCAGAGCAAGCACAGGUACCAGAGACGAAUGAGAAGGAUAUUAAAAAGUCUGUUAAGUUUAUUGGCGAGAUUACCAAGAUAAGUCAGAUUAGCCAUUCCAUUUCAAAACUUAUCGAUGAUCUUAGAAAUAAUGAAGGCGGUGGGAUUACUGACAAUAAUACUUAUGUUGUCGCCAAUGAACCCAUCAGUAUUAAAAUAGCGAAUACAAUCAACGACAUUCGUUAUUUCACUCUAAACCAUUUAUCAUAUAAUAUUCCAUGCGCAGCCACUUGUUUUAUUUUACAAGAUGAACUGAAAUUAAAAAUACACACCUUGCCGUACAUUGCAGGUGUCUUUGUUGUAGAUUCCAUUAAUUAUACUUUAAUUAGCUUUAAUAAAUCUAUUAGUAAGAAUCUAUUCGGUAUUCAUGCAAGAGACUUGGUAGGGAAAUCAAUAGUUGAAAUUAUACCCGUUUUCCCCAAGUUGAUUGAAUAUAUUAAGACUUAUUAUCCUAAAUAUGAUACAAAUAACAACAAUAAUAAGAAUUUAGUUUUGACGGAGCACUUUUUCCGUAAGAUACAGGCUGAAUUCAAUGGGCACCCAGAAGAUUUCUAUAGCAGUAUUGGUUUAGACGCUGUGCAUAGAGAUGGGUCAAUUAUUAAAGUUGAUAUUCAAUUGCGUGUUAUAAAUGCCAAAUACUUUGUAUUAUGGAUAACUCAUUCAAGGGACGUGGUUUUGAAAAACUACAAUACAUUGCCCUCUCAAUUGAGUAUUUUAAAGGACGAAGACAUUAAAACGAUAGGAAGCAGAGGUAGUUCUGCCAGUUCCUCGAAAAGAAAUACCGAUAACAUUAAUGUCAAAGAUUUUAAGAAAACUGAUAAGCAACAUCUAAAGUUGGAUGAGUUAGAUGCUUUGUUGAACGAUUUGGAUAAGAAGGAGAAGAGCAAGAAACCAACAUCCAAAUUUAAGCAGCCAGCUUUAUUAUCUCUAUCAUCUGCAUCAUCUGCUAUCUCGCUACCUGAUUCUGCCAAUCCUAAAGCCGCUAGUACUAGUAAUUUAUUAUUGCAACAUUCUGACGAGGAGGGCGAUUCUAAUGGUUGUAGGGUUGCCACCAAAAAAGCUGGCGGUGACAGAAACUUGCUUUGUAAAUCGCAAACACAUACUGGUGGAGAAGAAACACCUGACCAAUUAGCUAAAAAGUAUUCACAAAGUAAGACUAAUUUUGUUAAAGAUUCCAAUUUUAAGUUUGAUGACGACUAUAUUAUGAAUGUUACAUCUAGGAUACAGAGCAGGGAUAUUUCAAAAAUUUCCUUGGUGCCGGAAAGUAAUGGUGAUUCAAGUACAUAUGAGAAUUUAUAUGAUACUGGAACCACGCAUUUUAAGUUGGGUGCUCUGAAACAUAAGAAGAAAUUUACUGAUUUUAUAGUGUUACAAAAGAUGGGAGAAGGUGCAUACGGUAAAGUUGAUUUGUGUAUGCAUAAGAAAUUGAAGUACAUUGUUGUUGUGAAAAGGAUCAUUAAAGAGCGUAUUUUAGUAGACACUUGGGUUAGGGAUAGAACUUUGGGUACCAUUCCUAGUGAGAUACAAAUUAUGGCUACGUUAAAUAAGACACCACAUGAGAACAUAAUGUAUUUGUUGGAUUUUUUUGAAGAUGAUGAUUUUUAUUAUAUAGAAACCCCAAUACAUGGCGAAACUGGAUCUAUUGAUUUAUUUGAUUUGAUCGAACUGAAAACAGACAUGUCAGAACACGAGGCCAAGUUGUUAUUUAAGCAAAUUGUUUCUGGUGUUAGACAUUUGCAUUCGCAUGGUAUUGUUCACAGAGAUAUUAAAGAUGAGAAUGUUAUUGUUGACAAUAAAGGGUUUGUUAAAAUUAUUGAUUUUGGUUCAGCAGCUUAUGUUAGGAGUGGGCCAUUCGAUGUCUUUGUUGGCACAAUGGACUAUGCAGCGGCAGAAGUUUUGAGUGGUGAACCAUACGAGGGUAAGCCACAAGAUAUUUGGGCGUUAGGGGUGCUACUAUAUACCAUUGUAUUUAAGGAAAAUCCUUUUUACAAUAUAGAUGAGAUUUUAGAUGGUUCUUUAAGAAUACCAAAUAAUAAUGUUAGUGCUGAUUGUAUUACUUUGAUUCAUAAGAUUUUAAAUAGAUCAGUUAGCAAAAGAUUAAAUAUCGAGGAGAUAUUUAAUGAUAAAUGGUUAGAACUUUAA